AUGGAAGGAGAACAGAUUGUGGAAUAUGUCCAGGAGACACCGAUUAUUCCUAGAAGAGUUAUUCAAUAUUCGGUUCCAAAAAAAAAAAUUACAAUGCCCAGUCCUUGUGUCAAAAUGUCGCAGGCAGUUAAUAAUUUGCAAGACAUGAACUUGCCGCAGCAUCCCAGCCUUCGUGAUUCUUCGCUAGAUAAAGAGUACUCGACUCAAAGGUUUUUAGGAGGUAUAAACGAACGAAGAUUGAGUUUUGAGGAGCAUAGAAAUGAACAACACCAGAAUCCCAUUGGACUAAUCAAGAGGGUAGGUACUUUCUUUAAGAAGAGGUCAUCAUCUGGAAAGAGCAGCAUCAAAUCAAUUGGUGAUGUGAAAACAGAUGGCUCAAAUCUGAUUGAAGGCUAUUUGAGUGAAAAUGAUGAUCCUAUAGAACAGCUCGUUCAAAAAAACCUGUUUGAUGAACAUAAAGGGAAUUCUGAAGAAAAUGAUAAAAGACAUGGCCUGUUCUCCUUUGAAGAGACGCCCCCGAUACAAGUAUUAGAGCGGACCUAUCCCAAUCCUGUUGACUCUUCGUUUGAAAAUGUUCCUUUGACUGAGGAAAGACGUUUUUCUGAAAAUCCUAGGUCACUUGAACCAAGUGAAUACGAGCAUAGUCUUUCAGAGCCUAUUCCAUUUAGGAGUUCAACGGGAGGAGAGAACCAACGCGGUGUUAGAGGACAUACUGAUAUAGCAGCACAUAACCUGAGAGUAGCUUCAAUAAAGGAAAAAAAGAAAAUACUUGAAAUGGAACAGAACAGAUUAAUCACAGAGAUCAUACGCCUCGAAAAUAUACUGAAUAAGCAUAGGAAGAUUGACGUUAACAGCAGUACUGGUAAAUCUGAAAAUAAGUCGUCCGAAAAAGAUAGUAUUACAUUUGUAAAUUCAACGGCCCCUAACACUGCAGUUUUAAAACAGAGAACCUCAUCUUCAGAUCAUAAUGUCAACUUUCUUCAUAACGACGUUUCCGACAUUCCGGAUACCUUUGACCUCGAAGAGCCUUAUGAUCCUCUCAAGGACAAAUGGACCACUUUGCAAUCUUUGGAAAAAUGUUUUGAAUCUAAAUUUCAAUCUGUGUCAAACUCAAAAAAGGGAGACGAGUUAGCCACUAUAAAAGAAAGGAAUUUUCAAGUAGCCAAAAUUAAUAAUAUUUGUUUCAGGGUUCAAGAAUCUAUCAAAAAAAGGCAAGACUUAGAGGCUAAGUUAAGGAAUCUAUCACAUGAUACUGACAAUGAAUUGCUUUUUUUGAUGAUGGAAAAUAAAAGAAGACAGAAAAGCUCCGUAAUAAUACAGUUUCUUUCUGACAUAAUCAAUGAGAAAUCGAAAAGAUUCACCGCAGAAGAGCAAGGCUUUGUAAAUGAAAACGAGGUAAAACCUCUCAUUUCAGAUCUUUCUGAGGGGAUCAAUAGGUUGAAUUCUAUCCUGGAAAUGAAAAACACUUGUAUUAGAAGGUUAAGUAAUCAGUAG